UGUGGCAACAUUUAAAAAAAGAAAGUGAAGUGAAAGAAAUGAAUUUACGAGAAUAGGUCGCAAGUCGCAUAGAUUUUUGGUUGAUUUCCUUUUCACUUUACUUUAGUAUUUUCUAUUAUAUCUAAUAAACUAACGUUUAAUUGUGUUUCUGCUUGCGUUUUGAUUCAUCGGACUUGGCAAAGUACCACAUACAACGGGAUAAGUACGAGAGUGAACAGCAUCUUAUUGAUUUUCUUUCCUCGCAUAUGCUUUCAACCAACGCGAGCUGAAGUUCGUAUUACGUGUGACGGGUCUAUGAUCUUAUUAAAGAUUUAACUGUUUUGAUACUCUAAAGUUAACUUCAGUGAAAUUUUCCCGUAAUUGGUGAAAACUAAUCAGUAAAAAUGAUGGCCAAUUCACUCGAUGCCGUGAACGCAAAUCAGCCUACGCAAAAUGGUAGUAAGGUUCAACCAUGCAAUAAUGAAUCUAAGACUAAUUUAAUAGUCAACUACUUGCCUCAAACUAUGACCCAGGAGGAGAUACGAUCGUUAUUUUCCAGCGUGGGUGAAGUCGAGAGUUGCAAGUUAAUAAGGGACAAGGUGACGGUGUUUCCAGAUCACAUCCUCAACGGCCAGAGCUUGGGGUACGCAUUUGUGAACUAUCACAAGACAGAGGACGCCGAAAAGGCAGUGAACACACUGAAUGGCCUCCGAUUACAGAAUAAAAUCAUUAAAGUAUCUUACGCCCGUCCCAGCUCUGACGCUAUCAAAGGCGCCAAUCUCUACGUAUCCGGCCUCCCGAAGCACAUGACACAGCAAGAUUUGGAGAAGCUAUUCAGUCCGUAUGGCUCAAUAAUCAGUUCGCGCAUCUUACAUGAGAACAUGAAUGUUGGGCACCUCCUGCAAGGCGGGAUGGAAGAGCAGGGACUUCAGGGCCCAUCCAGAGGUGUUGCUUUCAUUCGAUACGACCAGAGAAUCGAGGCGGAGACGGCAAUACGUGAGUUGAACGGCACAAUACCUCCGGGCGGCACAGGACCUAUGACUGUCAAGUGUGCAAACAAUCCAAGCAACCAAAACAAGGCUCUUCCGUCACUAGCAACCUACCUGGCAGCUCCACCUACAGUCCGACGGUUCUUAGGGCCCGCUGGUAAGGCACUUCUUGCUAUUAACAAGGGUCUCCAGAGAUACUCUCCGUUGGCCGAUCCCAUGGUACAAGGUGCUGCCCUUGGUGGCUCAGGUUGGUGUAUCUUUGUUUACAAUAUUGGGGCUGACACAGAAGAGAGCGUUCUUUGGCAACUCUUCGGCCCAUUUGGAGCCGUCCAGAGUGUUAAAAUAAUAAGAGAUCCCACCACCAAUAAAUGUAAAGGCUACGGCUUUGUUACCAUGACAAAUUAUGAUGAGGCUGUGGUAGCUAUCCAAUCAUUAAACGGCUACCAACUCAAUGGACAAGUGCUGCAGGUCAGCUUCAAAACUAAUAAGAGUAAAUCCUAAACUCUGAAAGAUUCUAGUCAAUAAAUUGUAGUUAAUGCAAAAUGUUGAUCAUUACUCUGUCAUGGUUUGGCAUCAGGUUGAAUAAUCAUUGCAUUGAUAAGGUAUAGUGAUGCAAAUCAUGACAUGACACCAAUUUUUACCCAGUGUUCAUAAUAAAAGUACAAACCAUUUCAUCACAGAUAAAUUAACAUCAAAACAAAACUAAAGGUAUUAUUUAAAGGACCCACAAUACAAAAUAAUUAUGAAAUUCAAAUACUUUGUUUCUUAACUUUCGUCUCCAUGUCUAAAGUAAUAAGCUAGAUGUACUCAGACAAUUUAAUUGUAAGUCCAUUGAAAUAAAAGGGCUGUUUCCAUUGAAUUUAAAUGGGUGUGUAAAAAUAUUUUGUACAAAUAAUGCAGUUGAAUGGUCAUAUUGUGUGCCAGCAUUUAUAAUAUUAACAACAUAAAAAGGUGUCAAUAUUAGUCCCAUACUAAUAAUAAUCCAUGUUAAUGUCCUGUAAAAUUAAAUAUAGGUAAAAAAAAAUUAAAUAGUUUAAAAAUAAGAUCGAUUUUGUACUAAUAAUAACUGUUUGGUACAGGCGACUUAGAAAAUCAUAAUUACUAAUUUAAAAAAAUGUUAUGUGAACCAUUCAGUAAUUUAAUAAAGUAUAAUCCAAGAUAAUAUAAUAUAGCUAAAUGUAUUUAUCUAAUUUGUAAUCGUAAUGAUGUUUACAAUUUGUAAGCAUUGAUUUUGUAAUUCAAAUCCUCUUUAAAUAUGACUUUUUCUUACACAUUGACAACAUUUUACUAUUAAAUAAUACUAAAUAUUGCCAAUCAUGUAAUCAUAGAAAAUAGAAAUGAAAGUGGAUCAUUUCUUUCCAUUACACAAGAUUAUUGUCCCUUUAAAAUACUGAUGAUAGAUCAUUAUCAUGGAAUAAAAUAAUAAUAUAAUUCUAUUUAUUUUUACAAUGACUUUCAGUGCAAUAUUAAAAUUUUACUAUAAGUAAAAAAUAUAAAAAGAUAUAUUAAAAAGAACAGUGCAAUUAAUACAUCUAUUUAUUCAUGAGAAAUGGUAUUUCAAAAAUAAUACUUAAAUAUAUAAUAUAUAUGUUAUAUCAAAAUAUUUUCUAAAUGUACACCGAAUGUGUUUGUAGUCUACCAAAGAUGUCGAAAAUGUGACUGAUUUAACUUAAUCACUCGUAAAUUUUCUAAAUAAUUACAUUAUAACUUCCAUAGUAACCUCUACAUAACUUAAAAAUACAAUAAGGAUCUAUCAUUAUUAAUUAACGACUAGUAAUGAUAAACAGGAGCUUGACUCGUGCACAAAAUCAUAAUUAAGGUUUAUAUGAAAAUUAUUUAUCUUAGAGCCAUGUAAUAUAAUAUUCUUUGUAAUCUAAAGUUAAAUCACAUUUUUUUUUUUACAAAAAUAACCAUCAAUGGUUAGAAUUAUAUUAGACAAAGCAAUUUGACUUAUCGAAAAUUUCAAAUCAAAAUCAUUAAGUUUAAGGACCAUGACGUAAAGUUUUUAUUGAUCAACAUUUUAUAAAAUAAAAAAAAAGUUUUAUAAUCUAAUAUGACGCACUCUAUUGGCGGUUACAUUAAAUUUUGUAAGUUUGUGUUAGAAGUCAAGUUAAAAAAAAUAUUAGGAGGAGAACAUCUCGAAUUUUUGCUUGAAGCAAUUAUCUGUUAUUCCUUCUAACUUGGGAUGACUUCUAGAUAUUAGGAAUCCCUGAAUUAAAAACAGCUAUUUCUAAUGUUUAUCAGUACAUCGUAAGGCUUUUGUAGUGCAUUGAUGCAGAGCAUAAAGGUCAUCACACAUUACACACACUCGAUGCUGACUCCACUUGACUCAAGUCACAGAAAAGCAUUUAAAUGUGAGCUUUAUAUUGUGUCCUUUAUGGUGGAAUUUUCAAUACUGACGUGUGUAAUUGAAUGGUCCACGUAUCAUACAUUUCUUUCAAUUAAAUAUUGAAAAUUCAACUGUAAGAGACACUGUAUAAAGCUUACAUUCCCUUACUUUAUUGUGAGUUGAGUCACAGUAGAGUCUGCAUUGGAUUUGUGUAAUGUGCGAUGACGUUAGGUCAGUAAAUGACUGAUGAAAUGCAAAAUUGACAUGCGAAUAUUUAUUAUGUAUAUUUAACAAUUUGACUUUAAUGAUAUUGUCUCUCUAAUUCAUUUUGAUUGUAUAAUCACUAUUUAUUACUACAUUUAAGUAAUGUAUAAUUAAUAAUUUAUUAUCGUAUUAGUGAAUAGUACUAUUAUAGAUUUCUUUUGAUGUUAUAAUAAUUAAUAUAUUGUAUUAGUGUAAGUUCAAAAUUAGUUCGGUAUACAAUCUGUAUGUAACACCACCAUUAUGCUAGGUCCCCACGUGCGUACAUGUGCGUUGGUUGCAAGUUUAUUCAAGCUUUGAAUUUGUGGGUGCAAAUUGCAACACCAUGCAUUGCGAUGUUCUAUAUGUAGCUUGCUCAUCGAGAAUGUAUCUGCUUGGGGACUCUGCUUUAAACCUUUUCUUAGAGGACUUCUCUAAGCCUUACUCAUUUAUAUUUAACACAAACUAUUCAUGUUUAGUAGUUGUUCUACAUAGCUAAAUUAUUUCUAGAUAAAUGAUAAACGCAUAUCAUUGAAACGAACUCUUGAGGUCUGGAACUCUCAUAAUAAAUGAAUGGGGCUUGUAUAAUGCAUUUCGUAUUAAGUAUUUUAAUUUUUAAAGGUUAGCACACAUCACUCAUGUUGCUUAUGCUGAGUUGUUGAUCUCAGAUAUGUCUGGGAACAAUUUACUGAUGACUUGAGUAAUAUUAUACUUAUGGUGAAUCUAUUAUGCAAGAAAUAAACUAGCAAAUGGCAAUGUAACUGAUGUGUGCAAUUUAAAAUAUUAUACUGAUAAGGAUAAAUGUUUCAUUAAGAUAAAAUAAUAAUAAUUUAUUUAAAGUACUUAACUUCAUUGAACUAGUCAGUUAUAAUUUGCGCAACGUUAAAUCUUUAAGUACCUUAAGUAUUUAAAUUUAAAAAAAGAACUGUGUUCUGUAAUUUAAAUGUAGUUUAGGAUUUGGUUUAAAAUUACGUUGGUGUGGUGUUUUAACAUAAGUUAAAAAAAUCUACGAGCACGCAGAAAGUAACAGUAACAUAUUAUGGUGUGUACAUAACUAGUCACAGAUAUACAUAUAAAAUGAUAUAUGUAUCUCGCAAUAGUAUAUGUUCGUUAUAUUUUGGGCGGUAGUUUCAUAUGAACCGGGUCCAUAAUUUUGCUUUUACAAUUCAUAAACCCAUAUUUAAUUAAAUUAUUGUAACACAGAUACUGACAGACAACGCAUAGCUUAAACUGGUAAGUCUAGGAGCAUGACAUAUUGUACAAGAGUUCAUUAUAUAACGGUUACCUAUGUAACUUCUAUACAAAAUUUCAUGCUUCUAGACCUCACCAGUAAAGGCUGUGCAUUGUCAGUCAGUCAGUCAGUUGUUUACCUCGCCUCAGAACGCGCGGGCAGAGCAGUUAGCAAAAAACUUAACAUAUUAUGAGAAAAGGCACAGGCUAAUUAUUUAAAUUUUUAAUGCAGAAUUAAUUCAUUAUAAAUAAUGUAAUUUUUUAAAUGUAAUAAUGUAAUGUAAUGUAAAAAUUCAUUAUAAGAAUUAAGCGUUAUAUAAGUGUCAUUACUUAAUUUUAGCACGAUUUUAAAUCAAGAGGCAUGAAUCUCUUUAAAGUCGUAUUUCCAUCAUCGUGAUCAUUAUUAACUGAUAUACGCCCACUGCUGGACAUAGGUCUCUGGUAGAGACUUGUACAUGCUUCGGUCUUGUGCCGCUGGAACUGAGUGGUUCCCUGCGACUCGUUUGAUGUCAUCUGUCCACCUAGUGGCGGGGUCUUCCAACGCUACGUUUUCCGGUGCGAGGUCGCCAUUCUAAACCCCCUAUUGGGACCCCAACGUCUAUACGUUUUUCAAACUAUGUGCCCUGCUCAUUGCCACUUCAACUUCGCAACCUAUUGAGUUGUCUCAUUGACUUUGGUUCUAAUAAAAAUCUGCUCAUUUCUGACUUGAUCACGUAGAAGAACUCUCCCCUUCGCCCGCUGAGCGACUGAGAUUUUUAUGAGGCCCAUAGUUAGCGAGCAACUCUCUGAUCCAUCGAAACUGUAUUAAUUCAACUUUUGAUUCAAUGUUUCAAUUAUUCAGACACGUAAUAGAACUUGUCGGAAGUACUUAUUGGGAUAUUUAUUAAUAAAUAUUUACUUAAAUUUCACAGCCCCAAUUUUAUUUAAAUUUAUUUAAAUUAUGUUGAUACUUGCAUAUUUUAUUAUUACUCAGACGGUCUACCGUUCUGAUUUCUAGGACCGAACUAAAAAGGUGUGCUAAAAUAAAUAAAAAUUACCGCCCAAAAUAUGUUGAGCAACGAAUUCAAAAUAAGAUAGCAUAGUUAAGUGUUGUGUUGUCCCUGACUUGAAAUCUACAUGCUUUCAAUUGAAUGAUCAAGCACAGUUACAGAAAGUUCACGCCAAUGUUAUCGCAGUCAUCGACAUUCCUACUAAACUAGUGGCCAUUUUUGUGAAAGUGGUAACCAUUUCUGUAAAAGUGGUGACCAUUUCUGUGAAAAUGGCCACGUUUUAGUGGCGAAUACGUUGCAAACACACCUGUCCUAUUUAUUGUUUUGUUCUUAGUUUUUGUGCUAUUUAUUUGUGUUUAGUAUAAUUAUCAGUUUACGACUAACAUUAUUGAAUUUUAAGUGUUUAUUUAUCACUAACAUUUAUUAGCUUUUGUUUAAUUUUUUUUUCCGGGCAGGUUUGGGUAUUGUAAGGUUUGGCCUAGGACGUAGGUAGAAUUGUAAGACAGAGUACAAAAACGCCGACAAAAUGUUUUGAAUGUUUGGCUUACAUACAUUAAUCUUGAAAAUGUCAACGAAUGUAAUCUGAGUAGGGCAUAAUGAUAUAGACAUUAAAUAUCGACAUUAGCAAUAAUGUA